GCGCCGCCCGCCCAGGGGCCGACGGGCGUUGUUGUGGGUCAGCGUGGAAGCACGUGAAGAGCGCAACGUCAUCAUAAACACUCCGGCAACAUGGCGGCGCCUCCGAGCGGCAAGGUUCUAUAUGAGCAGGAUGGAGUGUUCAUUCAUCCGUCCUGUGGAAAAAAUGAUGAUCAGGACAGCUUCAUAUCUGGAGUACUACGUGUCAUAGAGAAGGAAAAUGAAGUUAUAGUAGACUGGAGACCACAGGAUGAUACUUUGGAUACUUCUAAUAUCCUCUGUGCAGGAAAGGAUUCCAGCUCUGUUGUAGAGUGGACUCCAGCUCCCAAAGAAAAAUCCUCCCGAGGAUCAGACCGUCCAAACAAUUAUGAAGCAGAAUGGGACAUGGUCACCACCGUCUCUUUUAAAAAGAAACCCCAUUCAAAUGGAGAUGCUACAAAUCACACAAAUGGAGAAAGCACGUGGUCGUUCCUGUUCAGUUUGACAGAUCUGAAAUCAAUCAAACAAAACAAAGAAGGCAUGGGAUGGUCUUAUUUGGUGUUUUGUCUAAAGGAUGAUGUGAAGCUUCCAGCUCUACACUUUCAUCAUGGAGACAGCAAACUUUUUAUUAAAUGCCUUGAAAAUCACGUUGUGCUGAGUGAAUCUCCACAAGAUAAACUCAUUCUUCUUGUGAACUCUCAGAAUAAGUCUCCGUCUCAAUCUUUUGAAAACCUCCUAGAUGAACCAUCGUAUGGCUUACUGCAGAAAUGGAAGAAAGAUCCAUACACGGUAACAAUGGGAAGGUUUUCCAAAGUCACAAACUAUAUUUUUGACAGCUUCCGAUUAAGUGACCCUUCAACUCAAAGGCGACCACCCUCAGAAAUGGCAGACUUCCUCAACGAUGCUAUUCCAGGGUUAAAGAUAAAUCAGCAGGAGGAACCAGGAUUUGAAGUCAUUACACGAAUUGAUCUAGGAGAACAGCCUGAAGUUAGUAGAAGAGAGCCUGUGUCAGUUGAAGAAUGGGCUAAAAAUAUGGAUUCUGAAGGAAGAAUUUUAAAUGUAGACUACAUAAAGCAAUCAAUAUUCAAAGGGGGACUCUGCCAUACUCUAAGAAAAGAAGCAUGGAAAUUUCUUUUGGGAUAUUUUCCUUGGAAUAGCACUAAAGAAGAGAGAGCAAACUUGCAAAAAAGGAGAACGGAUGAAUAUUUCAGGAUGAAACUGCAGUGGAAGUCUGUCAGUGAGGAACAGGAAAAACGAAAUUCAAGAUUAAGAGACUACAGGAGUCUCAUAGAGAAAGAUGUGAACAGAACAGAUAGAACAAAUAAGUUCUAUGAAGGUGAAGAUAAUCCAGGAUUGAUUUUACUUCAUGACAUUUUGAUGACCUAUUGCAUGUAUGACUUCGACUUAGGUUAUGUCCAGGGAAUGAGUGACUUGCUUUCACCUGUCUUGUAUGUUAUGGAGAAUGAAGUAGAUGCCUUUUGGUGCUUUGUGUCAUAUAUGGAUCAAAUGCAUCAGAAUUUUGAAGAACAGAUGCAGGGUAUGAAGACACAACUAAUUCAGCUGAGUACUUUGCUUCGUUUACUAGACAGUGGAUUUUGCAGUUAUUUAGAAUCUCAAGACUCAGGCUACCUUUAUUUUUGCUUCCGAUGGCUUCUCAUCAGAUUUAAAAGGGAAUUUAGCUUUCAAGAUAUUCUUCGGCUCUGGGAGGUCAUGUGGACAGAAUUGCCUUGCCAGAAUUUUCAUCUUCUCCUCUGUUGUGCUAUCUUAGAAUCUGAAAAACAGCAAAUAAUGGAAAAGCAGUAUGGCUUUAAUGAAAUAUUAAAGCAUAUCAAUGAACUGUCUAUGAAAAUUGAUGUGGAAUAUAUACUCUGCAAAGCAGAAGCAAUUUCGAUGCAGAUGAUGAAUUGCAAGGAGUUGCCUCAAGCAGUUAGUGAGAUCCUGGGGAUGGAAAGCAGUUCUGUAACACCGGAUUCAGAUACUGGAGAGGAUGAAAGUGGAGCUGUGCUGAGCUGUCCUGCGUCUCAGAGUAUCUCAACACCUGUAAUCGCUGCCAAUGGAACAAGAGAGAACACUCAACAGAUGUCUGAGACACAGAGCUUGGCACCUGCGUAAUUACAACUGAUUAAAUUGAAGAAGGACUUUACUGAGCACGUUGUCUCUGAGCACUUGAGAGAUGGAUAUUUAAAUUUGGUGUUGAUUAAGCUUUAAGGUUGGAAAGAAAAUCUGUACUGUAAUGCUCUUGCAUUAAAGCUUUACAACAUGACUCAACUUAACUAUUUUUGUAGUUUCUUCUACCAAAUAGCCUUUUGUUUUCAAUAACAUUCCUUAAUAUUUUUGUAGCCAAGUGCAUUUUCUUUUUCUGGUGAACUGGAAAUGGAUGGUG